UGGCAAGAAUUGUUUGUCAAAUAUGAGGCUGUUUUUGGGAAUUUACUUAUUUUUGUUUCAUGCCAUUUAUAAGGAAGCUGAUUAGAAAGAAAUUUUGCUUCUGUCUCUCCCUGACUUCCGGAUGCAUCAUCAUUUCAUUCUACACCCUGUUUUUCGGGUUCCUCAACGCGGGCACCACGGUCGAUGAAGUCAUUUACAGAGAAACAUUUAAAACUGAUGUAUGGGCGAAAUGGUUCAACGUCUUUCACAUAGCUCUGAUGAUAGCAGCUGCAGUUGUCCUGCUGAUAUCUGUUAUGAUGAAAUAUAUAAAAGUGGUUUUCAUAUGGAUGGCCAUGUUCAUCAUCCACAUGAUAUCCUACUACAUCGUCUUCAAUGCCUUGGUGAACGUUCGCAACCCAUUCUUCGCUAGUGCCCUAGCUGCAUCCAUGUACGUCCUGGUAAAUCUCGUGACGUUAGCCUUAGAUAUAUUUUGCCUCAUCAAAGUCUAUUCUUAUUACUACGUGAAAAAACAUCCAGAUGAAUUCAGACCGCCAUGUGUUGACAACUGAGACUCAAAAGAAGCCUCCCGAAAGAUAAUAAAAUGAAUACCUACGA